UAAAAUAUCACUUUACCGUAGUUUGUCUUCAAUCAUGUUUCGCAAACGAAGUUCGAUAUUCCUUUUCCUAUUACUGCCCGUUUUAAUUUCAUUUGUAAUCAACAUAAGUUCUAAAAAUGCUUGCACAAAUUACUUCGAUUAUUUGAAAAUUAACUUUGGUGGUGACUGUUUCUUCAAUCCUGACGUCGUACUGCCAGUUCCGGAUUUGAUCGAAAAAUAUACGGGCCAUGUUCAAACUUACAACAUUACCACUGAAGACGGGUAUAUUUUAACUAUGUUUAGAAUACCUAGGACUAAUCCUAAAGGCGUUAUUCUCUUGCAACCACCAAUAUCCGCUGGUUCCAUAGCUUGGCUGUCAGACGGGGCUAAUUCUUUGGGUUUCUCUUUAUGGAGAAAAGGUUAUGAAGUCUGGCUAAGUAAUCACAGAGGGGCUUCUUAUUCUCGUAAGCACGUCAAUCUAUUAGAUGCAGAUCCAACAUUUUGGAACUUUGGCUUUCACGAAAUCGCGGUGUAUGAUCUUGAAGCUCAGUUCAACGUGAUUUUUGAAGAGACUAAGUCUAAAAUCAUCUUCAUUGGUUACUCGAUGGGGGCAACAGAAGCUCUGAUUUAUGCAUCUUUAAAUCCUGAAAAGACUGAGAAUUUUAUCGAUAGUCUUAUUCUAGUGGCACCCCUGACUGUUCUUAAACAUUUGUCAAGUAACUUUAAAUAUAUUUUAUACCCCAUGCUGUUUUUAAAGGAUAUUUUUAAAAUGGGUGAAUUUCUGACUUUUGAAGUCGUACGAUGGUUGGCACAGCCUGUUACCAUUGUACCAUAUAUUGUUGACAUAAUGACGCCAUUUUCAAUGGGAGCGACACCCAAUGAAAUGGAUCCUGCGUUAUUUCCUUACGUUUUUGCCCAUCACGGAAGAGGAAUCAGCCAUAAAAUGAUUUACCAUUAUGGACAGAUUUUUUUAAAUAAUAAUAAUUUCUCCAUGUAUGAUUAUGGUACCGAACACAAUAGACUGAAGUAUGGAUCAGACAGACCACCAGAUUACCCUUUACAAAAUGUGAAAAAACCAGUAUACGUAAUAUAUGGUGAUAAAGAUGCUGUGGCAACUCCAGCAGAUAUCAAUAUUUUGUGCACUGAUCUUUUACCAAAGGGAACAGUACGUGGUACUUUUGCGAUGCCAAACCACAAUCACAUCGACUUUAUGUUCAGUAGAUACAGAAAGAAUAAAACAUACCAAGCUCUUUUUACUAUUUUAGAUAAUAUCGAAAUGAAUAAAUAAAUUCCGAUAAUGCUAUUUAUGUUGUUUUUAAUAGAUCUUUAUUUGUUGGAAGUAUAAGUGAUCUUUUACGUUGUGGUGCCCAGUUUAAAUUCAAAUUUCGCGCUGUGAAAAAACCAAUGCCGCGAAAUCAUAGGCAACCAUGUGCAAGUUCAGUUUGGGAGCUCGUGUAGGAAAUUAGUGCAUCUCAAUCUUUAAGUCAGUACUUAGUUAGUUUUGAUGAGUCACUUGUUGUUUGCUUGGUGUAAGUGUAAUCACGGUGAGGCAUUAAGUGUACCUAGGUUAAG